AUGGUCUCAAAUGAAGCGCUCCAGUACAUGGGCAUUAUCCAAUUGCUUCUUCAUUUUGGAUGGACGUGGGUUGGGCUCUUUGCUGUUGACAAUGAGACUGGAGAACAUUUUGCACAGACUCUGGAAACCUUGUUUUCCCAGAAUGGAAUCUGUUCCGCCUUCACAGAACGAAUCCCAAAUAAGGCAUCUUUCGAUAUUCCAGAAGAUGUUUUUGAUGCCAUCUCGAAUAUUUAUGCACCUUUCUCAGAUGAAAAAGUCAGUACAUUUAUCAUUCAUGGAGAAUCUUUGACAAUAUUAUGGUUGAGAACUGUUAUAUUUUUACGAGAUCCUGAAAAUAAGGAAAACACCUCUUUUAGAAAGGUAUGGAUUAUGACCACUCAGAUGGAUUUCAUAUUAACAGGACUUCAAAGAGGAUGGGAUUUUAAUCUAUUCCAAGGUGCAAUUUCCUUCACUUUUCACUCAAAAAAGGUUGAAGGGUUUGAGGAGUUUCUUCAAAUGUUAAAACCUUCCCAGAAAGAAAGAAAUUGUUUUCUUAAGGUAUUUUGGGAGCAAGCAUUUGACUGCUCACUUCCAACAAGCCAGGAUGCGACAGAGGUUGAUGCUGGAGCAUGUACUGGGAAGGAGAACUUGGAGAAGCUUCCUAGCACUAUGUUUGAAAUGCAGAUGACUGGCCACAGCUACAGUGUGUAUAAUGCUGUCCAUGCUAUUGCACAUGCUUUGCAUGUCAUCCAUGUAUCUAUGUCCAACCACAGAAAAAAGAUGAGUUGUAGACAUUUUGAACUUCAAAAUCUGCAGCCUUGGGAGCUCCACCAAUUUCUUCAAAGCAUUUCUUUUAACAAUUCAGCUGGAGAAACAAUUUCUUUUAAUAGUAAAAAGGAAAUCAAAGGUGGAUUUGACAUAAUGAACAUGGUUCUAUCCACAAACCAGUCAUUUCGUAGAGUUCAAGUUGGAAGGGUGGAUCCCAGCGCUCUUGCAGGGAAAGAAUUUACCAUUAAUGAGAAGAUCUUUACAUGGCACAGAGGUUUUAACCAGGGGCUGCCUCUUUCUGUCUGUAGUGACUCCUGCCUCCCUGGUUUUCAGAAGCAAAAGAAGGAAGGGGAGAAAUUUUGUUGCUACAGUUGUGCUCCAUGUCCAGAAGGGAAGAUUUCCAACCAAAAGGACACGAAGGACUGUUUCAAAUGCCCAGAAGAUCAGUAUCCAAACAAAGAGAAAAAUGGAUGCAUCACCAAAAUGAUGAGCAUUCUGUCUUGUGAAGAACCUUUAGGAAUCAGUUUGGCUUCAAUAGCUGUUUCAUUCUCCCUGGUAACAGCUUUGGUGCUAGGAAUUUUUAUUAAGCACAAAGAUACCCCCAUUGUCAAAGCCAACAAUCGUGAUAUCACCUAUACUCUCCUCAUCUCCCUCCUGCUUUGCUUCCCCUCUUCUUUGCUGUUCCUUGGCCAGCCUGGGAAAGUGACCUGUUUUCUCCGCCAGCCAACCUUUGGCAUCAUCUUCACAGUGGCCGUUUCUUGUGUGUUGGCCAAAACCAUCACUGUGGUUGUAGCUUUCAGGGCCACCAAACCAGGGUCCAGCAUGAGGAAGUGGGCGAGGAAAGGAAUGGGCAACUGGAUUAUCCUUUCCUGCUCCCUUACUCAAGCGGGCAUUUGUGCUGUGUGGUUAGGAACGUCUCCCCCAUUCCCAGAUUUAGACAUGGACUCUUUAGCUGAAGAAAUCAUUGUGCAAUGUAAUGAAGGGUCUCUCACCAUGUUUUACUCUGUCCUGGGCUACAUGGGCUUCUUGGCCAUCCUGAGCUUCAUGGUGGCAUUCUUAGCCCGCAAAUUACCUGACAGUUUUAAUGAAGCCAAGUUCAUCACCUUCAGCAUGUUGGCAUUCUGCAGUGUUUGGGUGUCAUUUGUUCCCACCUACCUGAGCACAAGAGGAAGAGAGAUGGUGGCCGUGGAGAUCUUCUCUCUCUUGGCCUCCAGUGCUGGGUUACUGGGUUGCAUUUUCCCCCCUAAAUGUUACAUUAUUGUGCUCAGGCCCCAGUUAAACAACAGGGAGCAACUUAUCAGGAGGAAGAUUGGAAGGCUCUGA